GAAAGCAGGAAAAGGGGGGGGGGGGUUUCCAAGUCGAGUGAAAUUCCCAUUCCAUGGCUAUGACCAUGCCUGUAUGGUUGGCAGGUUUUAGAGGUUAGGUAGUCAGCAAAUAGCUACAGAAUACAAUAGCGUUCCCCCUCCCCUCCCUGCCUCCUUCCACGCUGCCUCUUCCUCUCUCCCUCUCUGGCUUUUCUGCUUCCAAACAAACACCUUCUUCCAGGCUGAAGUUCCUUAGGUUGGUCUCCCUAGGAGCAGCAGCUACAACAAUCCCGCAGUUCAAAGUUAAGCAGCAAUUGCACAACUUCCAGCAACUCUCUCAGCCGGCUGCUAAUGAGCUGAAAGCCAGGAACAUCUGAGGAGGUGAAGAGGAAGCCUCUUGCCGGCCUCCUUUCACCGGAGGGACCCAGGCACCCCUCCCCAGGCCCAGAUCCCUUGGAGAUAAGGACUGUGUUAUUUGCUUGCCUCCCUGGACAGACCAUGGCUCCCUUUGGAAGAAACUUGCUGAAGACGCGACAUAAGAACAGAUCUCCAACUAAAGACAUGGAUCCCGAAGAGAAGGAAAUUGUGGUUUGGGUUUGCCAGGAGGAAAAGAUUGUCUGUGGAUUAACCAAACGCACCACCUCCACCGAUGUCAUCCAGGCUUUGCUGGAGGAACAUGAGGCUACCUUUGGAGAGAAGCGAUUCCUGCUGGGCAAGGCCAGCGACUACUGCAUCGUGGAGAAGUGGAGGGGCUCAGAGCGGGCCCUCCCUCCGCUGACGAGGAUCCUGAAGCUGUGGAAGGCGUGGGGAGAGGAGCAGGCCAAUAUGCAGUUUGUUUUGGUUAAAACAGACGCCUUUCUCCCAGUUCCACUGUGGCGAACGGCCGAAACCAAACUAGUGCAAAAUAGUGAAAAACCCUGGGAGCUCAGUCCUGCGAAUUACAUGAAAACUUUGCCACCGGAUAAACAAAAACGAAUCGUCCGGAAAACCUUCCGCAAACUGGCUAAAAUUAAGCAGGACACGGUUUCUCAUGACCGGGACAAUAUGGAGACUUUGGUUCAUCUAAUUAUUUCUCAGGACCACACUAUUCACCAGCAAGUCCAAAGAAUGAAAGAGUUAGAUAUGGAAAUUGAAAAAUGUGAAGCUAAGAUCCACUUGGACCGGGUAGGGAACGAUGGGGACGACUAUGUUCACGUCGCGUAUUCAGUGCCCAGGCUCAGCGAAAAUGAGCAGAAGCUCGACUUACAACCCGAGGACAGCCAGGCUCUGGUGGACCUGAAUGACAGUGAGGGAAUGGCGCAGUUGGAAGAACGAUUGCAAUACUAUAGAGUGCUCAUCGAAAAGCUCUCGGCUGAAAUUGAGAGAGAGGUGAAGAGCUCGGGCAUCGACGGCAGUGAGGAUCCAGAGUGGGCAGCUGCAGGUGAGCUAGAAAGCCCGGAUUUGGAGAACGUGAAGUGCGAUCUGGAGAAAAGUAUGAAAGCCGGUUUGAAAAUCCACUCUCACUUGAGUGGCAUCCAGAAAGAGAUUAAGCACAGUGACUCAUUGCUUCAGAUGAAAGCGAGGGAGUACGAACUCCUAGCCAAGGAGUUCAGUUCGCUGCACAUUAGCAACAAAGAUGGAUGCCAGUUAAAAGAAACCAGAGGGAAGGAAUCCGAGGCUCCCGGCAGCUGCGCGGAGAUCCCUCCAUUAACUCAAAGGGUGUUCAACACAUACACAAAUGACACAGAUUCAGACACUGGCAUCAGCUCCAACCACAGCCAGGACUCUGAAACAACGCUGGGCGACGUGCUCCUAUUGUCAACUUAAGGCAGAGAGGCCUUCUUUCUGACCAUUAGUGAUGUUUCGUGUGAUGUAGCAAGUAACUCUGUUCCAUGUAUAACUCUGUGAAAACAUAAACUGUGUUAAAAUAUUCAGUAGUUAAUAAUAAUAAUAAAAAAAAACCUAGUGAACAUCAUUGUUUGUUUUCAUAGAGCGUUUCCAAUUUGACUUUCUUACAGGUUCAAGCAAUGAACUGUGUAUCAGGAAUGCAGCAGAUCUAGCUGGUGAUUACAUAACGCAGAAACAAUGUAAUGGGGAUUGAUUAAUGAUUCCCCCAUGUGAGACAUGAGGGACAUGAACUUAAAAACAGUUCCCAACUUUGUUCAUCAAACUAUCCAUACUGCAAGCAUCAAGAAGUAACAUGAACAUGUUUGUCAUUUUUGACAACAUUGUAUCAUGAGAAUGUUUAAGUCUGUAUAGUACAGAUCCAUCACUACAUUGUAUGUGUCAAAUAUGGAUCAAUUCAAAUCUUGUCUUUUCAGUAGUCAGACUGUAAAAUGCACUGUGUGUGUGUGUGUGUGUGUGUGUGUGUGUGUGUGUGUGUGUGUGUGUGUGUCUCUUCUUGGCUGCUGUCUGCUUAAGUCUAAGGGACAGGAAGCUAGCUGUUGGGACAUGUAUAAUUCCUGACAGUCAAUCAGUUUGGGCACAGAUGAGACAAAGUCAAGUGCUACGAUCAGCGUUUUUUCCCUUCUUCCCCUAAGCAGGUCUAAGAUGAUCACCAGCUAUGCCUAAGUUUUUACUAUCUGUUCAUUAGAUUUUCUAUCCACCAGUGCUGUGUGCAAGUUCAUUAUUUUGGGAUGAAUAGUGUGGGCUACAGAAGAUCUCAGCCAUAAUUUUAUUUAUGCCCUCCUAACUGUGUACAUUGAAGUGGAAUUUACUGUUGUUUGUGUGGAUACAGCAGUGUUUUGUUUUCUGGGAACAUACAGAGUAGAACUGAAUGUUUAUUCUCGUAUACUACAAUCUAGCUAUCAGGGGACUUCCCGGGUGCUUAAAACAGCUCAGUACUUUUAAGAUGUCCCAAGCACACUAAGGGAAAUUCAAGAAAAGAAUGGAUCAUCUGGAUUCUGUCUUCACUCACAUGAAAAAAAUAAUGUUUUCCUUGAUUUUAAAAUAGACGUUUCCUCUCUCUCCUGCCCAUCUGCUAGCUUAGUUUUCCUUCUCAUCUCUCUUCUCUUUCUCCUUUCUUUGCAGUAAAGGCAGGAUGCCAUCAGAGCCAAAGUAAAUAAUUUUAUUAUUUUGUUGUGAACUGAAUGUUGGUGUUCCUUGAUUUUCUUCCGUUAGCACAUUUCACGCACGUCAGGAUACAUAAAGCAGAAAUGUUUGCCUUUUAUACAACUGGUGCAACUUUUAACUGUUCUCUCUUUUUAAGUUUGAAAGUUUUAUAGAUUUUUUUUUCCAGCUUUGUUGCAGAUUCAAUGUCUUUAAUUUGCUCUUAAAACGUCAUGUCCCAUUCCUUGCCCUUUACUUGCUUCACGUAUCUUUGGGAAGAUACUUGCAUUUCAAUAGUGUUUCACAUCUGGGAAGCACCUAUGCUACCAUUAAAAAAAGAUAUUUUCAGGCCAUACAAUAAGAAUUUCUAUUCCGUGAAAAUACUGGGAUAAAUAGUAAGUGAUCGUGUUCACAUAAAUUAUAUUUCUAAAAGAAGAUUAGAAUAGUCAUUUGUGAAAGGGAAGUUCAUCUGGCUAACAGUCCAUCAGAUCACUAAAGCACAUGCUAAACUGUUGACGUAUUGAUUGUUACUAAUAGAGAUUGAAUUCAGAAGUUUAUCAUAAAUGAUAAGCCAUUUGAUACUUUGUUUUUCUAAAAUGAAAGUUAUCUCUUUGGGUUAUGUGUUUAGAAAGAAAAUAAGUGUUGCACAUCUCUGUGUACAAUUUGAUAGCAUUAUCUAAAAUCAAAUACAGGUAUGAUAAUAAUUAGUCACAGUUUCUCUAUAGGAACUUUGAAAUAACUACUGGUUUCACGGUUACUUACAAUGAUGGUGGAUAAGAUGCAAUUCUGCAUUUUACUGUUAAGAAUGUUUAAAACUUCUGUUAGAAUCCUGACUUUUUAAACUCAUUGUAGAAUUUGCAUUUUCCUUAAUAUUUAAAAUAUAUUUGUUUUCUUGGUCAUUACAUUAAGUCACAUAGCAAUUAUUUUCCAUGGUGAAACUCUAAUAGAGUUAAAUAUGAACAUAUUUAUACGGAUAGAAAUAGUGAAUGAUCUCAUGGAUACUAUGCUAUUUAUUGUUUAAUUGAUGGUUAAGCUUAUAAAUACAGGACUUGAAAGUUUAAUGCUUUAAUUAUCUUGAGAAACUUAGUGAAUUACAAACACUUAAGUAGCCUGGCAGAUUAACCAUGAAAUGGCCAUAUGCAGGUAGAAGAGGCAAGUCACGGUUGACAAUGCUUAUUUUUCCCAGGACUAGGUUCUCAGAGCAUGCCUUGUGCAUUGCCCGCCCCCACCUCUGGUGGCCUCUCUCUCCUAUACACCGAAAUGCUACCGACUUUCUUUUCUUUCAUUUUCUCCUCUUUUUUCUUUUUGUUUGUUUUGUUUUUCAAGACAGGGUUUCUCUGUGUAGCCCUGGGUGUCUUGAAACUCCCACUGUAGACCUCAGCCUCCUAAGUGCUGGGAUUAAAGACAUGCGCCACCACGCCCAGCAACUACCUAAAUUCAGCGUGCUUAAAAAAGUGUUCUCUUCUUUCAAAUAAUUGUGUCCCAUCUUGGCAGUUCUAAUUUAUUAUCUCUGAACUUACAAAUAUUUUGGAUGUACUUCUUUGGGGCUUCUCUUCUACGUUGGGCUGUAUAUAUUUAUGUAAUCAUCUCACUCCACUCACCCAGUAGAGUUUUUAUCUUACUAUUUUAUUAUCUGCCUUUCCAACUUGAUUGGUUAUUACUAACUUCUUAGUCUCUUGUUCCAUUUGUGAAGUCAAUUGCUGAAUUGUAAAGGGCUUUAACAUGUUUUAUGAAUAUUUUACAUCUACAUACUUGUGCAGUUUGUAUAUAAGCAUGCAUGUAAGCAGGCUUAAAAAUAUUAGCAUGCAUACACCCUAUAAAUUUAGGGAGUAAAUACUAAAUCUUUACGUUGCUAUGAAUUUUAUCUAUGUGACAUCAUUUUUAAUUAACAUAAAAAUACAUUAUUGGGGGCACUAUAUGAUAUUUCAGUACAUUUAUACAUUUGCAUAAAGUUUAAGUCAAGAAAAGCAUUCAAUUUUUUUUUAUUAACAGAGUUUCUAACUUAAAACAACUCAUAUACCUUUUAAUUUAAUGGCAAUGUUAUAACAUCUAAGCAUGUGCAUAUGAAAGAAAAAAUUGCAUCGUGUUGGGUUUGAAGUAGUAGACACUCAAGAUCUUUUAAAUGCCUAAUUAAAUCUCUGCAUCGUUUUUCUUCUUAAUAGCAAAGUUAUGAUGCUGUAUUAUUAUAUAAAAGCUUUUCUAACCCAUUAAAAUUUUAUUUUUGUAUUUAUUUAAACUUCUACUGUAUAUGACAAAAUAUAUUUCUGUGGUUACAUUUUAUAAAUUUUCAGAGUAGAAUUAUUGUUAUAUUUAAAACAUAUUUUUCUAGUGACAAAGGAAUGCAGCUUAAUCCCGAGAUAGCUUUAAAAGUAACAUUAGACUGCUUCUUUUCAUACUGCCUUAUUGGUUUGAUAAACUUCAUGUGAUAAAUAUAAAGUUUCAUUUCUUUGAGUUAUAACUGAUGCAGAAAAAUAAAAGAUUAUUGUAUCCUGUCUGAAGUAUUUUCUUUAUUUAAAUAGUUAUAUUUCAAACAAAUUGCAAAUCAAUUGUAAUUACAUAAUUGCUGCGAUAAACUAGCUAACACAUUUUAUUUUCAAAUUGGUUAGUAUUUCUUGACAAAACAAAUGUGUAGUAAAUAAUAUAUAAGAAAACUAUUUAAUAGGUUUCAUAUGUACUUGUUCCAAUUUCUUAUAGAAGUAUGCCCCAACUUGUAUGCUGAUUUUAUGCAUGGCUUCUUUCUUUUUAAGUGAAGUUAUUUCAUAGAAGAAUGUUCAAGACUUUGUUGGUUCUUUCUACUAGAAUUUAUUUUGUCGCUGCCUUCCUCAAAGUAAGCAUUCAGUAUUAACUUUUAAAUAACUCAUCACUGAAGUCAUAAGAUCCACUGACUCAUUCUAUAAUCACCACCAAAAUCUUUAUUGAAAGAUUGUAUACAGCAUCCAGCUAAGCAUAUAGAAAUAAGUUUACACUACUUUCUUCUCCUAUAUGUCACCAUGAUUAGAGAAGAGGGACAGUAUUUUUUUUUUAGGUCAGCAGAACUUGUGCUUUUAAUAACUGUUGAAAUUGAGAACUGAAAAUUUUAAUGCUAUUAUUAUGAAUAGAUUUAUAUCUGAAAAUCUCUGAUUAUCUUUGUAAUUCAAGUAAGCAAUUUACAUGUUGUUUUUCUGAAGCAGACAUUGAAGAUGCUUUUAUAAGGGGCUAUUUAGAUACUGGACUUCAUAUGCAUGUAUAAUGUAAUUGUAUAUUUACCUUUUGGUAAGGUAGAUACAUUGUAUAAAGCUCACUAUGAUAUCUCAUUUCUAUUGCUGUGGGCCCACUGCACACAUGAGUUCAUUCUGACAUUAAAGACAUCAUCUAUAAUUUAUGAAUUGUUCUAGAAACAACAUAUGAAUAAAUAAGUGUAAAUUUAGUUACAUAGUCAGGCAUAGGUAACCUAACAUAUCCAGAAGAGUUAGAUGAUCUCUUAAUUCACCAUCAUACAUACAUUCUCCUCAUUUAGAGAUGUGGCUACUCUGGAAAGGGUCCUGCAUUGUUCAUAUGGCGGUCUUUCCUCUGACCUCACUAUACUACAAUAUUCUAACAACACAUCAAUUCCACAAUCAGUCACACUGGUCCACUUCUGAUGAGCAUUUGGAUGAUUUCCAAUUAUUUACUAUGUUAUUAUAAUGUCCUUCCAAAAAUUUCUAUGAGGCAAGAUGUAGAAACAUUGGCUCAAAUGGUGCCAGAUGUGUUUUCAAUUUUAAGAACGUCUAUAGUUCACAUAUGCGGAAAUUAAUCUUUUAUGAUCUGAGUUGGAAAUUUGCUUACGAUAGACAAUGUUAUUUUCUAUUUGUACAUUUAAACUGCAAAGCAAAUAAACAAAUUAUAGUUGUGUAGUUGAUCUUA